GGCUAGGUGGGGAGAAUGUUUGUGUCUCUGCCCACCUUGACUGUUCUUACCCCACUCAUCUCUCUAGCAGGACUGUACGACUCUGCAUCUGUGGAAGACGACUUCCCUCAGGGCUGCCCCAGCACCGCCAGCCUCUGCUUUUACAGUCUGCUCUUGCCCAUCACCAUACCAGUGUAUGUGUUUUUCCACCUUUGGACCUAGAUGGGCAUUAAACUCUUCAGGCAUAAUUAGUGCAACCAGCCAAGCAUAAAGAUACAUAGGUGUUAUGCAUCCAGCUCUGGAAAUCCUGCUGUCCCAUUUGGUUUGAGAGAAGUUGCUUUGCUAUUUCUCUCAGGCUCAGGAAAACUCUAGAAAGCUUAGGCUGCAGCUUCCUUGUACUUCAGCUCUGCCCUUCUGUUCGAAGAUUCUGGCUAUUUAAAGAAACAUUUCAGCAAAAUGUCCUGAUGGAGAGUAACUGGGAGUGGUCACCUACGGGCACUGUGUCAGCUCUAUCACUUGGAGUUUUAACUUCAAGGUGCAUGAUAAAGCCAUCUAUUGGAGCCGUACUGUAGUACUUGCAGAGAAAUUAAGUAGAACUAGUGUGACAUGAAACUGUAAGAACUGUAAAGUUCACAUAGAUUGAGUCUAUAAUAUUACUUGUGUUUCCUUGAUAUCAAAUGUUUACUAAUAAAAUGUUGAUUGUUUUUGCCCAUGAA